CAAGAGUACCCAGACAUUGCGCCAUGGUACCAGAUACGGUCCCACAGACGGGGAGAGCACCAAGGCACUCCACAGCAUGAUCCUGCAUGGUGGAAGUCCCACCUCCAGUCCUAUCUACAGAGGCUCAUCCAGAGCAAGCAUGAUGCCAUCCAGUCACUGAAGUUCGCCCAACGGUCCCGCCAGUGGCAGAGUGGUCCACAGCCAGUACAGAAGAUAGCUAACACCGAGCCGGAUUCUGAUCCUGAGUCACUGAGCCAGCAGUAUAUCCAGGAGGUAAAGCAGCUCCAGGCUCUGAAGAAACAAGAGCGGAAGGUGUGGGAAUAUAACACCCGAUAUAUGCAUCAUUGGCAGCAUAUGAAAUCACUGCAGCAACAGUCUCAGAGCAGUGCCAGCAGUCGAUGGUCUGCACAAGAAUGGAAGAGCUUCCAGGAACAGUUUCAACGGGCGCGGCAUCGGGCACAGAAGUAUGAGUAUCAGCUGAGAAAGUCCACCCACAAGAUCACUGAGCAGUACUCCUCUGAUGAAUGUUAUUAG